AAGAGAAUUCAGUGCAAGUUGUUCACAAAAAAUGUUAACAGCUUGAAAACCCUAUGAACUGUAAACAUGACCCAAAUAUUCCAUUACAAAAAGCCUUGAACAAUUUUCAGCAAAACAAGUGAGACACACCUUUAAACCACCCAGAUUAAAAGUAAAAGAUUUGUGUUCUGUGUGAAAAAUAGAGCAACCAAUACAAAAAGAUAUAAAACACGCAAGACUCCGCUCAUAUCUGACUUAUAAUUUCAAGAUGAACACUAUAAAAAUGAUGAAGGCAAGAUUCAUAUUUUUCCUGCUUUGCGUUGUGAUAGGGGAGAUCAAAUGUGAUAGUACUUUCUCUGUGAGUUACGAUAGAGCGAGAUCAAAAAUGCAUUUAGAAUUAGACUGGUUGGAAAAUGCACAAAGAAUACAAGGAAGACCUGGAAAGAGAGGAAUCCCUGGAAUUACAGGAGAGAAAGGAACACAGGGACAGCGAGGUGAAAAGGGCGAACAAGGAAUCAUAGGGCCAAAAGGAAAUGCAGGAAUGGUUGGACAUCCAGGUCCUAAAGGUGAAGUUUCACAAGAAUAUUUGGCAAAUUUAGAAGCCAAAAUGCUGAAGUUUGUGACUCUCCCUUGGGUAAAAGUAAAUGAAAGAUUCUCAUAUUUUUCAAGCUCUUUUUCCAUGACUUGGGAGGAAGGGAAAACAUAUUGUGAAGAAAGGAAUGCUCAUCUGGCAUACAUGGGACCUGGAGACCCAGGCAUUUAUAAUUCUAUAAAGGGGAAUUUGAAGCUGAUCGCUCGUCAUAAUUUCUAUUGGAUCGGACUGAAACAACAAGCAAAUGGGAACUACCAAUGGACUGAUGGUGUUGUGGCUGACGGAAAUCCACGGACUACAUGGAAAUGGACUACUCAAGUAGCUUGUGCCGGUAAUGGCGAAUGUGUUGGGAUAAAUGCGGAAUGUAAUAAAUUUACAAAGGCAAGUUGCAGCAAGACUUUAAAAGUACUGUGUGAAAUAGACUUGAGAUUUGAGUUGCGAAAUCUCAUAUCAUAAAUUACUAAAACUUAUGUGAUUAUUAUAAUAUCACAUUCUAUCUCUCGAUAUAUGACUGUUUAAUUAUAUUAUGGCUUCGCAGUUCAGAUAGCACGCAUCUUGCUAAAUGUUUGCAUCUCACUCCAGAUCAGCCCGGGUUCGCAGAUUCAAAUCUUGUAGGGAUAAUUAUAUAAGCCCUGGCAUAGUAAGUGUUAGAUUGUGUUGGCAUUGCAGGGUAAAAUCUCUGGUUCAAAUUCCCCCCUAACCCAGGGUAAAAUAAAUUGGGUAGCCCGUGCCAAAGAGAAAAAAAAUUGACCCUUCCAAAGACAAUAUUCCCUUACAUAUCAUUAGAUCAGUGGCUGCUUCUAAAUAGCCUUAUUUGAAGCAAAAGGGGUGAAUGAAUUUUAUUAUCACAAACAAUGUCAACAAUAUGAUAUAUUUCGAGCAGAAGGGGAAAAAAAACUCAACAAUAAUUGGUUGGUCAGUAUUUGUGAUGGUCAGUAUGCAAAACCAGAUAGGUCACCAUGCUGUAUAUAGGAUAUCAUUAAUACAAGCAAGUAUGUUUACACAAUGUGCCAACUGCUAGGCCCAUACCUUUGUUAUUCAAAAAUUUCGCUUGCAUGUUUUUAUAUGAUUAUUAGUGUUCUGUUUGCUACCCUAACAUAUUUAAUCAUGUUUUUAUUAUUCAUGUAUUUGAGGUUUUAAAAAAAAGGCAAACGUAAAAAUUUAAAAAAUGUUUUAUUUGAAAAUGCUACAAAGAAAUAAGUAAUCCUUAAUAAGCUGGUAUCUAAUCACAGUUAAAAGCAAAAGUCUAUAAAAUUCGGUAUUCCAUAUUGCCCAUUCCUAGUCAAUGAAAAGUUAAAGAAGGAAAAUGCAAAAAUACAUGUUUUUCACAAUUUCGCAAAACAAUGUUUUCAAGUUUCAAGAAAAAUGUUUUUUUUCACAUUUUGAAAAUGAGGGGGUUUUGACCCACAAAACAAAUCUAGUGUCAAGAUAAAAAAGUGACAUCACUGUUCCAUUUUAAUACUGAAUACAGAAUG